CUGUCACACUGGUUUCAAUUCCAACAGACGAAGAAGAAGUCUAACCAGCGUCGAAGAAGAAGAACCGAAGGCCUGGCUUGUAUAUACAUUUUUUUUUACAGUUUCGCGAUAGAAACUGCUCUUUCUUCAGUAAUGAGGGAGCAGUUCCACCGAAUCGACACGGAUUCCUAGUGAGCCGACUCCACCGAUACCAUGGUCGAUAACCGAUAUGCUACAGCUCUGGUCAUCGGCUCCGUGCUGAGUUUGCUGGCGGCCGUUUACCUCUCCGUAGCCGUGGGGACCCAGCACUGGUUCCAGUACAGUAGCCCGGCAGGCGGACAUGGCGACACCAACGCCUCCGUGCUGAGGAAGGACUUCAUCGACGGAGAGUUUGAUGAGAAGACCUCCAGCGAGACCUUGUACCGCCUCAAUGGCACCCUGGGGCUGUGGUGGAGGUGCAUCCUGGUGCCCGGACGGACCCACUGGUACAAGGAACCAGAUCCCCAGUUAAGGUUGCAGUGUGUGAGCUUCACUCUUCCUCAGCAGUUUUUGCCAAAGUACAAACAUCCUGGAAACCACAACAGUGACGAGGAUCUACUUAGGACAUAUUUGUGGAGGUGUCAGUUUCUCCUGCCUCUGGUGUCGCUGGCCUUGGUGUUCCUCAGCGGCCUUGUUGGCGUCUGCGCUUGCCUGUGCCGCAGCUUUACGCCCACCGUGGGUGUAGGAGUGCUGCAUCUGCUUGCAGCUCUGUGCACUCUUGGUUGCGUCUGCUGCUUCCGGGCCGGCAUGGAUCUUCUCCACCAGUACGCCACGCCCCCCGAGGGGGUGGAGUCCUCCAUGGGCUGGUCCCUCUACCUCGCCCUCAUCUCCUUCCCUCUGCAGAUGAUGGCGGCCGCUUUGUUCCUCUGGGCGGCUCGCAGCCACCGCAAGAACUACACCCGCAUGGUCGCUUACCGGGUGGCCUAAAAGGGAGAAAAGUCAUUAAAAAAACAAAACAAAAAAAACAAUUCCAUGCUGUCUCAGGACAUCUGAAGGCAGGACAAGUCCAUUUGUAGCCAAUCAUAAAUGCUGUUAAUGGCAGUUAUGCAACAUCCAUAUUGCUUCUUUGCAGUCUUACUUCCUAUAGUGCAUGCUUAAUAAUGUUGAAUUAUUUAUUAAUCCUGGGGUUGCUGUGAAUGUUGCCUUCUUUUUGGUUGCCAUCGUUUAUCUCCCCUUGCUCUUGACUUUACUAAGACUUUCGAGUUGCACCCCCCCAAGUGUUGCUUUUGUCAAAGCGUCAUGAAUAUGUACAACAUGGGUUUGUGCAUGCUUAAAGGAGAUACUUAUACUGUAAAUCCAACCUGUGGUUAAUUGUAACCACUCAAAACCCUGCAUUUAAAAUACCUAUUGUAUCUAAUCGCAGUGAUUAAAACAAGAAAAAAAAUGGCUUCCGCAUGAUACUGCGACAAAUUGCUUUUUUGUAAAACCACUUGUUAAAGAGGCUGACAUUUUGUGGAGUGAAAAAAACAAUUUAUAUGAGAAUGUACUGUAAAUUCUAAAAUAAGAAUUUGUUUUCAAUGUCCAUGUUUUGUUACGCGUACACUCUGUUUUUUAGGUUAUUCACCAGCACACUUUUUUCUGUAAAAAAUAAAUUGGACUUUUGCUGAA